CAGACUUCUUUAGUUUUUUCCAGAGAUUUUGGUUUGCUUGUAUUUGUCCGGAAGUCACUUAGCAUUGAAGAAUUUCGUGAUUGUAGAGAAGAAGCCCUAAAAUUUUUAUGCAUUUUCUUAGAAAAAAUUGGCCAGAAGAUCAUGCCUUAUUCUCUUGACAUAAAGAAUACCUGUACCAGUGUUUAUACAAAAGACAAAGCUGCUAAGUGUAAAAUUCAAGCACUAGACCUUCUGAUUAAGUUACUUCACAUUCUGAGAAGUUCUAGAAUCAUGGAUGAAUUUAAGAUUGGAGAAUUAUUUAACAAAUUCUAUGGAGUACUUGGGUCAAAAGCCAAAGUACCUGAUACAGUUUUGGAAAAAGUCUAUGAACUUCUGGGAGUAUUAGGUGAAGUUCAUCCUAGUGAGAUGAUAAAUCACUCAGAAAACCUGUUCCGAGCUUUUCUGGGAGAAUUGAAGACCCAGAUGACAUCAACAGUCAGAGAGCCCAAACUUCCUGUGGUGGCUGGUUGUCUUAAGGGGCUAUCCUCACUGCUGUGCAACUUCACUAAAUCCAUGGAAGAAGAUCCCCAGACUUCAAAGGAGAUUUUUGGUUUUGCAGUAAAGGCAAUUUCUCCUCAGAUUGAUAUGAAGAGAUAUGCUGUGCCCUUGGCUGGCUUGCACUUGCUUACCCUCCAUGCAUCUCAGUUUAGCACAUGCCUUCUGGACAAUUAUGUUACAUUAUUUGAAGAACUGUCAAAGUUUUGCAGCCAUACAAAUGUAUACUUCAAAAAAGCUGCACAUUCUGCCCUGGAAUCCUUCUUGAAACAGAUUUCUGUUAUGGUGGCAAAAGAUGCAGAGUGUCAUAAGAAUAAGCUCCAGUAUUUUAUGGAACAGUUCUAUGGAAUCAUCAGAAAUGUGGAUUCAAGCAACAAGGAGUUAUCCAUUGCCAUUCGUGGAUAUGGACUAUUUGCAGGACCUUGCAAGGUUAUAAAUGCAAAAGAUGUUGACUUCAUGUAUGUUGAGCUCAUUCAGCGCUGCAAGCAGAUGUUCCUCAUGCAGACAGAUAAUGCGGAUGACCAUGUUUAUCAGAUGCCAUGUUUCCUCCAGUCCAUUGCAAGUGUUUUGCUUUACCUUGACACAGUUCCUGAGGCAUAUACUCCAGUUCUAGAACAUCUUAUGGUGGCACAAAUAGAUAGUUUCCCACAGUAUAGUCCCAAAAUGCAGUUGGUGUGCUGUAAGACCAUAGUGAAAGUUUUCCUAGCCCUAGCAGAAAAAGGACCAGUUCUCUGGAAUUGCAUUGGUACUGUGGUGCAUCAAGGACUAAUCAGAAUAUGUUCUAAACCUGUGGUCUUUCAAAAGGAUGCUGUAUCUGAAUCUGAAGACCGUCGAGCCUCAGGGGAGGUUAGAACUGGCAAGUGGAAAGUACCCACCUAUAAAGACUAUGUGGAUCUUUUUCUACACCUCCUGACCUGUGACCAGAUGAUGGAUUUUAUUUUAGCAGAUGAGUCGUUUCUCUUUAUGAAUUCCUCUCUUCAAAGUUUGAAUCAUUUACUCUACAAUGAAUUUAUAAAAUCAGUUUUGAAGAUUGUGGAGAAGCUGAACCUUACACUAGAGAAGCAGACUGUUGGAGAACAAAAGGAUGGAAGUGGUGAAGCUCCUGGUGUUUGGGUGAUCCCAACUUCAGAUCCAGCUGCUAAUUUGCAUCCUGCUAAGCCUAAAGAUUUUUCAGCUUUCAUUAACCUGGUGGAGUUUUGCAGAGAGAUUCUCCCUAAGAAACAAGUAAGAUUGUUUGAGCCCUGGCUAUACUUAUUUGCAUACAAGUUAAUUUUGCAGUCUACACGGCAGCCACUUAUCAGUGGUUUCUACAAAUUGCUUACUGUGGCAGUGACAAAUGCCAAGAAAAUGAAAUAUUUUGAGGGAGUUAGCCCAAAGAAUCUGAAAACCUCUCCUGAAGACCCAGAAAAGUAUUCUUGCUUUCUUUUAUUUGCAAAGUUUGGUAAAGAGGUAUCAGUUAAAAUGAAGCAAUACAAAGAUGAACUUUUGGCUUCUUGUUUGACCUUUGUUCUGUCCUUGCCACAUGACAUCAUUGAGCUUGAUGUUAGAGCCUAUGUUCCUGCAUUGCAGAUGGCCUUCAAGCUGGGCCUGAGCUAUGUGCCACUGGCAAAAGUUGGUCUGAAUGCCCUUGAAGAAUGGUCAGUUUACAUCCCUAAGUAUGUCAUUCAACCUUACUACAAAGACAUUCUCCCCUGCCUUGAUGCAUAUCUGAAAGUUUCUACUGUGUCAGAUGAAACCAAGAAUGACUGGGAAGUGUCAGCACUUUCUCGGGCUGUCCAGAAAGGAUUUAAUCAAGUUGUGUUAAAGCAUCUAAAAAAGACAAGAAGUAUUUCAUCAGAUGAAGCACUAUCCUUAGAAGAAAUAAGAAUUAGAGUAGUACAAAUACUUGGAUCUCUAGGAGGACAAAUAAACAAGAAUCUUAUCACAGCUGCAUCCUCAAAUGAAAUGAUGAAGAAAUGUGUGGCAUGGGACAGUGAGAAGAGACUCAGCUUUGCAGUGCCAUUCAGAGAGAUGAAGCCUAUCAUUUACCUAGAUGUCUUCUUGCCUCGGAUCACUGAGUUGGCUCUUUCAGCUAGUGACAGACAAACUAAAGUGGCAGCUUGUGAACUGUUGCAUAGCAUGGUUAUGUUUAUGCUGGGAAGGGCAGCUCAGAUUCCGGAAGGAAGUCAUGGCUCCCCUCCCAUGUACCAGCUCUACAAGCAUACCUUUCCUGUGCUGCUUCACCUUGCCUGUGAUGUGGAUCAGGUGACAAGACAGCUGUAUGAGCCACUUGUUAUGCAGCUCAUUCACUGGUUCACUAACAAUAAGAAAUUUGAAAGUCAGGAUACUGUUGCCUUACUGGAAACCAUCUUGGAUGGUAUUGUGGAUCCUACUGAUAGUACUUUAAGAGACUUUUGUGGCCAGUGUAUUCGAGAAUUCCUCAAGUGGUCCAUUAAGCAAACAACACCACAGCAGCAGGAAAAGAGUCCAGUAAACACCAAGUCACUUUUCAAGCGGCUAUACAGCUUUGCACUUCACCCCAGUGCUUUCAAGAGGCUAGGAGCAGCCCUUGCUUUUAAUAACAUCUAUAGAGAAUUUAGGGAAGAAGAGUCCCUGGUAGACCAGUUUGUGUUUGAAGCCUUGGUAAUUUAUAUGGAAAGUUUGGCCUUGGCACAUGCAGAUGAGAAAUCCUUAGGUACAAUUCAACAGUGCUGUGAAGCUAUUGAUCACCUAAGAUGCAUCAUUGAAAAGAAGCAUGUUUCUUUAAGCAAAGCAAAAAAACGACGUUUGCCACAAGGAUUCCAGUCUUCAUCAUUGCUGUGCUUAUCAGAUCUGGUCAAGUGGCUGUUUGUUCACUGCGGAAGGCCCCAGACAGAAUGUCGGCACAAGUCCUUAGAACUCUUUUAUAAAUUUGUUCCUUUACUCCCAGGCAACAAAUCCCCUUCUUUAUGGUUGAAAGAUAUCAUCAAAAAUGAAGGCAUUUCAUUUCUCAUAAACAUAUUUGAAGGGGGUGGUAGUAGCUGUGAUCAGCCAUCGGGCAUCCUUACCCAGCCAACCCUCUUCCAUUUGCGAGAGAUGUUCAGCCUGCAAACAACCCGGCAGUGGCUAGACCUGCUUCUGGCUGCGCUGGAAUGCUACAACACAUUUAUUAAGGAAAAGGCUGUGGAAGUGCAUGAGGUCCUUGGUACCGAAGCACAGUCUUCACUUUUGAAGUCAGUGGCUUUCUUUUUAGAAAGCAUUGCUUUGCAUGAUAUCAAAGCAGUGGAACAGUGCUUUGGCACUGGGUUGAUAGGUGGCCCACCCAGCAUACAAGAAGAGGAAAAGUACAACUACAGCAAAUGCACAGUCUUAGUCCGGAUUUUGGAAUUUACCACAACUCUGCUAAACACUUCCUUGGAAAGUUGGAAGUUCCUGGAGAAGGAUUCAUGUAACACAAACCUAAUGAAGGCCUUGGUGAAAACACUAUGUGACCCCGUGAGCAUAGGUUUCAAUAUUGGUGACAUCCAGGUUAUUGACCAUCUUCCCAGCAUUUGUGUAAACCUCAUGAAAGCACUAAAGAAGUCCCCAUAUAAAGGCAUGUUGGAGGCUCAUCUGAAAGAAGAAGUGACAGCACAGAGUGUUGAGGAGCUCUGUGGCGUUAACUUUUGUGACCCUAAUACUGUCUUAGAAAGGACAAAGCUGCUGACUGUUGUGUCAGCCUGUAAACAGCUUCACAGAGCUGGCUUCUUGAAUGUUAUAUCACCACCUCAGUCCACAGCCAUGCAUCAGUCUAUUGGCACAAGACUUCUGUCACUGGUUUAUAAUGGCAUUGCACCAACAGAGAACAGGCAGUGCCUGCCAUCAUUGGACCCCAGCUGCAAGCACCUAGCCAAUGGACUUCUGGAAUUAGCCUUUGCUUUUGGAAUAGUGUGUGAACACCUUGUAAGUUUGCUCCUGAAUGCAGCUCUGCUGUCCACACAGUGUUUGGGCAGCUCACAGAGAAACACUAGCUUCUCCCAUGGAGAAUAUUUCUAUAGCUUGUUCUCAGAAAUAAUCAACAGUGAACUGUUGAAAAAUUUAGAUCUUGCAGUAUCAGAGAUCAUGAAAUCAUCAGAGGAUAACCCCAAAAUGGUGAGUACCAUUUUAAAUGGUUUGUUAGACCAGAGCUUCAAGGAUCGAGCCAUUCAGAAAUACCAAGGACCAAGGCUUGCUGCUACAAUUCUGCAAAACUGGAAGAAGUGUGAUUCAUGGUGGGUCAAGGAUUCUGCUCCAGAAAGUAAAAUGGCAAUGCUGGCCUUACUGGCAAAAAUUUUACAGAUUGAUUCAUCUGUGUCUUUUAAUACAAAUCACAGUUCAUUUCCUGAAGUCUUUACAACAUAUUCUUAUCUACUUGCAGAUACAAAGUUGGGUCUACACUUAAAGGGCCAAGCUGUCAUUCUUCUUCCAUUCUUUACCAAUGUGACAGGAAGCCAUCUGGAUGACCUAAAGGGUAUUCUUGAAAAGUUCAUCAUUUGUAAUUUUCCUAUGCAGUCUAAUGAGUUUCCUCCUGGAACCCUGAGGUACAAUAAUUAUGUGGACUGCAUGAAGAAGUUUCUAGAUGCAUUGGAAUUAUCUCAGAGUCCCAUAUUGUUUCAAUUGAUGACAGAAAUUCUUUGUCGGGAGCAGCAACAUAUUAUGGAAGAAUUGUUUCAAGCCACUUUCACAAAGAUUGCUAGGUGGAGUCCAUGUGACACACAAUUGGGCCUUCUAGAAAGUGUGUAUAGCAUGUUCCAGAAGGAUGAUCUACUUUCACCUGUCACUCGCCAAGCAUUUGUAGAUCGCUCUCUGCUCACCGUACUGUGGCAUUGCAGCUUGGAUGCUCUGAAGAAGUUCUUUUGCAAAAUUGUAGCUGAAGCCAUUGAUAUGUUGAAGUCCAGGUUUUCAAAGCUAAAUGAAUUUACCUUCAAUACUCAAAUCACCAAGAAGAUGGGUUAUUAUAAGAUGCUAGAUUUGAUGUAUUCUCGUCUCCUGAAAGAUGAUGUUCACUCUAAAGAAUCUAAAAUUAAUCAAGCAUUCCAUGGUUCCUGUGUUACAGAAGGAAAUGAACUCACAAAGACACUUAUCAAGUUGUGCCAUGAUGCAUUCACAGAGAACAUGGCAGGGGAAACCCAGUUACUAGAGAGGAGAAGACUCUACCAUUGUGCUGCGUACAACUGUGCCAUUUCUGUAAUAUGCUGUGUCUUCAAUGAAUUGAAAUUUUACCAAGGUUUUCUGUUUACUGAAAAACCCGAAAAGAACUUAUUUAUUUUUGAAAAUCUGAUAGACCUGAAGCGUUGUUAUACAUUUCCUGUUGAAGUUGAGGUUCCUAUGGAAAGAAAGAAAAAGUACAUUGAAAUUAGGGAAGAAGCCAGAAUGGCAGCAAAUGCAGAUUCAGAUAGCCCUCGUUAUAUGUCUUCUUUGUCAUAUUUGGCAGACAAUACCCUAAGUGAAGAAAUGAGUCAAUUUGAUUUUUCAACUGGAGUUCAGAGCUAUUCAUAUAGCUCUCAAGAUCUUAGAUCUACUACUGGUCGUUUUCAGAGACGGGAACGCCAGGACCCCAAGAUCCAAGAUGAUGUUUUGGAGUUAGAGAUGGAUGAGCUCAAUCAACAUGAGUGUAUGGAAACUAUGAUAGCUCUGAUUAAGCACAUGAAGAGAAGCUUUAUGACACCCAAAGGAGAAGAGGAUUUAAGGCCAAAAGAUCUACCUUCUUGGAUGAAAUUUCUUCACGACAAACUAGGAAAUUUGUCAGUAUCAUUAAACAUUCGUCUCUUCUUAGCCAAGCUUAUUAUUAAUACAGAAGAGGUGUUUCGCCCUUAUGCAAAGUAUUGGCUCAGCCCCUUGUUACAGCUGGCUGUUUCCGAAAACAGUGGAAUAGAAGGAAUUCACUACAUGGUGGUGGAAAUAGUAGCUACUGUUCUUUCUUGGACAGGCUUGGCUACUCCUACAGGGGUUCCUAAAGAUGAAGUAUUGGCAAAUAGAUUACUUAAUUUCCUAAUGAAACAUGCUUUCCAUCCAAAAAGAGCUGUGUUUAGACACAACCUUGAAAUUAUAAAAACUGUUAUUGAAUGCUGGAAAGAGUGUCUCUCCAUUCCUUAUAGGUUAAUAUUUGAAAAGUUUUCCCAUCAAGACCCUAAUUCUAAAGACAAUUCUGUAGGGAUUCAGUUACUAGGCAUUGUAGUAGCCAAUAACUUGCCUCCUUAUGAUCCCAAAUGUGAUAUCGCAUCAACCAAAUAUUUUCAGGCUCUGGUCAAUAAUAUGUCCUUUGUGAAAUACAAAGAAGUCUACGCAGCAGCAGCAGAGGUCCUAGGACUUAUUCUUCAAUUUACUGCUGACAGAAAAGAUGCACUAGCAGACUCAAUAUGUGAAUUGGUUGUAAAACAAUUGAAACAACACCAGAAUACUAUGGAGGACAAAUUUAUUAUAUGCUUGAACAAAGCAGUGAAGGGCUUCCCUCCCCUUGCUGACAGAUUCUUGAAUGCUGUAUUCUUUCUUCUGCCAAAAUUUCAUGGAGUAAUAAAGACACUUUGUCUGGAGGUGGUGCUUUGUCGUGCAGAGGGACUAACAGACCUAUACAUCCAAUUAAAGAGCAAGGACUUCAUUCAAGUCAUGAGACAUAGAGAUGAUGAAAGGCAAAAAGUGUGUUUGGAUAUAAUUUAUAAGAUGAUGGCAAAAUUAAAACCAGUAGAACUACGCGAACUUCUGAACCCUGUUGUGGAAUUUGUUUCCCAUCCUUCUCCAAAGUGCAGGGAACAAAUGUAUAAUAUUCUCAUGUGGAUUCAUGAUAAUUACAGAGAUCCAGAAAGUCAAACAGAUGCUGACUCCCAGGAAAUAUUUAAGCUGACAAAAGAUGUACUGAUUCAAGGACUGACUGAUGAAAACCUUGGGCUCCAAUUAAUUAUUCGCAAUUUCUGGAGCCAUGAAACCAGAUUACCAUCAAAUAUCUUGGACCGAUUGCUGGCACUAAAUUCCUUGUAUUCUCCUAAAAUAGAAGUCCACUUUUUAAGUUUAGCAACAAAUUUUCUGCUUGAAAUGACGAGGAUGAGCCCAGAUUAUAUAAACCCCAUCUUUGAGCAUCCUCUGUCAGAAUGUGAAUUUCAGGAAUAUACCAUUGAUCCUGACUGGCGUUUUCGAAGUACUGUUCUUACUCCAAUGUUUAUUGAGACCCAGGCUUCUCCAAACACUCUCCAGACCCAAAUCCAGGAAGGCUCUCUCCAAGAUCAGGGGCUGAAGACUAGGCAAGUGCGGGCCACCCAGCAGCAGUAUGAUUUCACUCCUACACAAACUACAGAUGGAAGGAGCUCAUUCAAUUGGCUGACUGGGAGCAGCAUGGAUCUACUAACAGAUUACACAGUCUCUUCAUCAGAGUCUGUGUCUUCCUCCUUGCUGUUUGCCCACAAGAAACAUGAAAAGUCACAGAGAAUACCCUGGAAGUCAGUGGGACCUGACUUUGGGGAAAGAAAGCUGGGUCUUCCUGGUGAUGAGGUAGAUAACAAAGCAAAAGGUGGCAUUGAUGGCCGGACAGAACUACUGAGAUUACGCAAACGAUUUUUAAAGGACCAAGAAAAGCUCAGUUUGCUUUUUGCCAAAAAAGGCCUUGUUGAACAAAAACGAGAAAAGGAUAUGAAGAAUGAGUUAAAAAUGAAGCAGGACGCCCAGGUUAUUCUGUACAGAAGUUACCGUAAUGGUGACCUUCCUGACAUCCAGAUCCAGCACAGCAGUCUGAUCACCCCGCUGCAAGCUGUGGCUCAGAGAGACCCAAUAAUUGCAAAGCAACUCUUCAGCAGCUUAUUUUCUGGGAUUCUGAAAGAAAUGGAUAAAUUUAAGACAACAUCUGAAAAAAAUGUCAUCACUCAAAAAUUGCUGCAAGACUUCAACCAUUUUCUUAACACCAGUGUAUUUUUCUUUCCACCUUUUGUCUCUUGCAUUCAGGAAAUCAGUUGCCAACAUACAGACUUGUUGAGCCUUGACCCAGCUGCAGUCCGUACGGGCUGCCUGGCCAGUCUGCAGCAACCCGGAGGCAUCCGGCUUCUAGAAGAGGCCUUGCUCCACCUGGCACCUGCUGAGCCACCCACCAAGCGAGCCCGGGGAAAGACCUGCCUGUCUCCUGAUGUCCUCCGGUGGAUGGAACUUGCUAAGCUGUAUAGAUCCAUAGGAGAGUAUGAUGUCCUUCAUGGUAUCUUCAGCAGUGAGUUAGGAACAAAGCCAGACACUCAGAAUGCACUGGUAGCAGAAGCCAGGAGUGACUAUUCUGAAGCUGCCAAGUGGUAUCAUGAGGCUUUCAAUAAACAGGAGUGGAUGGAUGGUGAACCCACAGAAGCUGAGAAGGACUUUUGGGAAUUGGCAUCCCUUGACUGUUACAAUCACCUCUGUGAGUGGAGAUCACUUGAAUAUUGUUCUACAAUCAGAAGAGACAGUGAAAACCCUCUUGACUUAAGUAAAAUGUGGACCGAACCAUUUUAUCAGGAGACACACCUGCCAUCCAUGAUCCGUAGCAAAUUGAAGCUCCUGCUUCGAGGAGAAGGUGACCAGUCUCUGCUGACAUUUGUGGAUGAGGCCAUGCGUCAUGAACUGCAUCAGGCUGUCAUCGAGCUUCAGUACAGUCAGGAGCUGAGUCUCCUUUACAUCUUGCAAGAUGAUAUUGACCGAGCCAAAUAUUACAUUAAAAAUGGCAUUCAGAUUUUCAUUCAGAAUUACUCUAGUAUUGAUAUACUGUUACGCAGAAGUAGACUCACCAAACUACAGUCUGUACAAACUUUAACAGAAAUUGAGGAGUUUAUCAGCUUUAUAAGUAAACAAGGUGAUUUAUCAUCUUGGGGUCCACUUAGGAGACUUCUUAAAACCUGGACAAACAGAUAUCCUGAUAUUAAAAUGGACCAGAUGCACAUCUGGGAUGACAUCAUCACAAAUCGCUGUUUCUUUCUCAGCAAAAUAGAGGAGAAGCUAGCUCCUCCUUCUGGAGAUGUCAAUAUGGAUGUGAAUGAAGAUGAAGAUCCCAGUGACAGGGGAAAAGGGCAUGAGCCAGAGGAAGAUGUUCGUUCCCUCAUCCAGAACUGCAGGUUUUCCAUGAAAAUGAAGAUGAUAGAAAGUGCACGGAAGCAGAAUAAUUUCUCGCUUGCCAUGAGACUCCUAAAAGAGCUGCAUAGAGAAUCAAAAACAAGAGAGUCCUGGAAGGUGCGAUGGGUACAGAGCUACUGUCACCUCAGCCACUGUCGAAGCUACACCCAGAGCCCUCCAGAACAGAUCCUCACCGUGCUCAAGACCAUCUCACUGUUGGAUGAGUGCAAUACAUCAAGCUACUUAAAUGAAAACAUUUUGGAUUCCUGUAACCAGAACAUUCUCUUAGGCACAACGUAUAGGAUUAUAGCUGAUGCUCUCAGCAGGGAGCCGACCUGCCUUUCUGACAUUGAGGAAAGAAAGGCCAAAUUGAUCUUGGUGCUUUCUGGAUCUGGUACAGAGAAUACAGAGAAGGUGAUAUCAGGUCUGUACCAGAGAGCAUUCCAUCACCUCUCCAAGGCAGCACAGACAGCUGAAGAGGAAGUCCAGCCUUCUUCCUGGGGCUCAGAGCCUGCAGAUGGGGUGACCAAAGCAUAUAUGACACUGGUAAAUUUCUGUGACCAACAGCUCUACAAGGUGGAAGAGAAUGUAUCCAGAGAACCACAACAGGAAAACACAAUUACAGAUUCUGUGGAACUGGAGGUGUAUCCAGCACUUGUGGUGGAGAAAAUGUUGAGAGCUUUAAAGUUAAAUUCUUCUGAAGCCAGGCUGAAGUUUCCUAGAUUGCUACAGAUUAUACAACAGUAUCCCGAGGAGACCUUGAACCUAAUGACAAAAGAGAUUUCUUCCAUUCCUUGCUGGCAAUUCAUUGGCUGGAUCAGCCACAUGGUGGCCUUACUGGACAAAGAAGCAGCAAUUGCAGUGCAGCACACCCUGGAAGAGAUUGCCAAUAACUACCCACAGGCAAUUGUCUACCCUUUUAUAAUAAGCAGUGAAAGCUAUUCCUUUAAAGAUACUUCUGUUGGUCAUAAGAACAAGGAGUUUGUUGAAAGGCUCAAAAGUAAACUUGAUCAAGGAGGAGUAAUUCAAGAUUUUAUUAGAGCCCUAGAACAAUUGUCUAACCCUGAUAUGUUGUUCAAGGACUGGGUUGAUGAUGUAAAAGAUGAACUUGGAAAAAAUCCUGUAAAUAAAGAAAACAUUGGGAAGCUGUAUGAAAAGCUGCAUGCAGUCUUGGGUGAUCUGCAUGCUCCAGGCCUAGGACCCUUUAGAAGGAGGUUUAUCCAGACCUUUAGGAAAGAAUUUGAUAAGUACUUUGGUAAUGAAGGUUCUAAGCUACUGAGGAUGAAGCUCAGUGACUUCAAUGAUAUUAGUGACUCACUGCUCAAAGAAAUGAGAAAAGACUCAAAGCUGCCUGGAAAUCUGAAAGAGUACUCACUGUGGAUGAGUGAGUUCAAAGUGGAGUUCCUUAGACAGGAGCUGGAGAUCCCUGGUCAGUAUGAUGGCAAGAGCAAGCCAUUGCCUGAAUACCACAUUCGGAUCUCUGGAUUUGACGAGCGGGUAAAAGUAAUGACCUCCAUAAGGAAACCUAAGCGCAUUGUUAUUCGAGGUCAUGAUGAGAAGGAAUACCCCUUCCUUGUGAAGGGCGGUGAGGACCUUCGGCAGGACCAACGCAUUGAGCAGCUCUUCGAGGUCAUGAAUGUCGUCCUCUCCAGUGAUGCUGCCUGCAGUCAGAGAAACAUGCAUUUAAGGACAUACCAUGUCGUGCCAAUGACCUCCAGAUUAGGAUUAAUUGAAUGGAUUGAAAAUACUUUGAUUUUGAAGGACCUUCUUUUGAAAAACAUGUCAAAAGAGGAGACAGUGUCUUAUAUGAGUGAUUCCAAAGCACCAGUUUUUGAAUAUAAAGACUGGCUAAGAAAAAUGUCAGGAAAAUGUGAUAAUGGAGCUUAUAUGCUAAUGUAUAAGAGAGCUAGUCGUACAGAGACAGUUAUGGCUUUUAGAAAAAGAGAAAGUAAAGUGCCCAGUGAUCUCCUAAAGAGGGCCUUUGUAAAGAUGAGCACCAGCCCUGAGGCCUUCUUGGCGCUGCGUUCCCACUUUGCCAGCUCUCAUGCACUGCUCUGUAUUAGUCACUGGCUCCUCGGGAUUGGAGACAGACACCUGAACAAUUUCCUGGUAGACAUAGAAACAGGCAGCAUAAUUGGCAUUGACUUUGGACAUGCAUUUGGAUCAGCUACUCAGUUUCUGCCAAUCCCUGAGUUGAUGCCUUUUCGUUUAACCCGCCAAUUUGUCAGUCUCAUGUUGCCAAUGAAAGAAACAGGUCUUGUGUACAGUGUCAUGGUGCACGCACUGAGGGCCUUCCGCUCAGAUGCAGACUUGCUCACAAAUGCCAUGGAUGUUUUUGUCAAGGAACCCUCCUUUGAUUGGAAGAAUUUUGAACAGAAAAUGCUGAGAAAAGGAGGAUCAUGGAUUCAAGAAAUAAAUUUAAAUGAAGAAAAUUGGUAUCCUCGACAGAAAAUACAUUAUGCUAAGAGAAAAUUGGCAGGUGCCAAUCCAGCAUUCAUCACUUGCGAUGAGUUACGUCUAGGCCAUGAGAAAUCAGAUGCCUUUGAGAGUUAUAUAUCUGUAGCUCGUGGAAACAAAGACCACAAUAUUCGCGCUCAAGAGCCAGAGAAUGGACUUUCAGAAGAAACUCAAGUGAAGUGUUUGUUGGACCAGGCAACAGACCCCAAUAUCCUUGGCAGGACGUGGCAAGGAUGGGAGCCCUGGAUGUGAUGUCUAUAGGAGAUAGCAGCUUAAAAGAGUCUCCUAAGCCUUCAUUGACAGCUGUCAGCUGAUUUUGCUGAAGCACCAAACAAAAGAAAUCUACAAUGAUAAGAUUUUGUAGCAUGAAUGUUAGCCAAGGUCAUGAUGAGUAAUUGAAUAUGAAUGUGAAUGAAAAUUAA